AUGGCGGACAUCGAAUCGAUGUUUUACCAAAUCAGGGUAUCUGAGGCGAACUGUUCCUAUCUUCGCUUCCUCUGGUGGCCCGAUGGCAACUUGGAGAGUAGCCUCGAGGAGUACCAAAUGGUUGUACACCUGUUCGGUGCAGCCUCGUCUCCAUCAUGUUCGAACUUUGCCUUGCGCAAGACAGCUGAAGACAAUAGCCAAUAUUUCCCAGAGGCAGUUCUGAGCAUGGUUAAAAACAAAUUUUACGUAGAUGAUUGUCUCACGGCCCUGCCUUCAGUCAAAGAGGCUUCACAGUACGCGAGAGACCUACGGCUACUACUCUCCAAAGGCGGGUUUAGGCUGGCAAAGUGGAUCAGCACUAGUCGCAGGGUUCUCGAAACAAUCCCCGAAGCCGAGUGCGCUAAAGAAGUGAAAAGUCUUGACCUUAGUAAGGAUGACCUGCCAGUCGAGAGAGCUCUCGGUUUUAAAUGGUGCGUGGAGACAGACACCUUUGGAUUCAAAGCGGAUAUUAAGCUUAAACCGCCCACACGGCAAGGAAUUAUUUCGAUUGUCGGUUCUGUUUGCGACCCGCUCGACCUCGCCGCACCCUUCGUGUUACCGGCCAAACGGUUGCUUCAGGACCUAUGUCGAGUCAAGCUAGAUUGA